GAGAAAGUCAUCCCUUCAGUCGUAAUUGAACCAGCUUCAAACCAUGAAGGGGAGGAUGAACAUGAACCUGAGCUGGGAAUGGCUGGGGAGGUCAAAGAGACAAGUGAAGCCACAUCCACUCAGGGUGACUCCAGUGAGGCCUCAGUGCUGGUCAGCGACCAGAAGACACUGGAGGAUGCUCAGACUGUGGCUCCAACUGGGGCCUCUUCCCUCCCACCCAGCAGUGAAGCUGCACAAGUACCUCCAGGCUUCCUCUACAAGGUGGAAGCACUCCAUGAUUUUGAGGCAGCUAAUUCUGAUGAGCUUAACCUGAAGCGGGGUGAUGUGGUCCUGGUGAUCCCAGCAGAGGCAGAGGCUGAACAGGAUGCGGGCUGGCUCACAGGCGUGAAGGAAUCAGACUGGCUUCAGUACAGAGACCUGGACACCUACAAGGGCCUCUUCCCAGAGAACUUCACCCACCGCCUGGAUUAG